CUCCACUCCACCUUCGAUCAUCCCUACUCCUCCUCUUCACAGGCCUGUCUUCUUCAUCGCAUGGAAAUAAGCAAUUGGCAUUGUUUAUCCUAUUUUUUUUAUCCAUUCCAUCCUUGUAGAGAUUUUGCCUAGCAUACGCUUUGCGCUAUCAAGUUGUCUUCCGGGUCGCCUUCUUCGCACUUCCUCAAGAAGCCUUCGCAGAUUACUUCAACGAUGCCACCGCGCUAUCAACCACCGCAUCGAACACCCAACUACAACAAUAGCAACGUCAACAAUCCCAACCACCCACACUAUCUACGACCAUGUCCUAGCGCUGACAACGCACCGUCUAAUUCUUCUUCUCCCUAUCAUCCACCACACCGCGGCCAUCAAUCAUGGGACCACACUGAUGCCCCGACCGAGAGCAACUGGAACCCUCCCGGACGUGGAUCAUCCCAUGCCAGGGGAGGAUACAAUCACCAGCAUAACAGCAUUGGAAAUGGCCGCAAUAGCAACAACAGCAAUAACAGUUCGACCUACAGGCUCAGCGGGCGUGGCGGUCGAGGAGGCGGUCGAGGAGGUGGAGGAGCUGGAGGUCGAUCUGCCGCAUCUCCUCCUGUCAAGCAGGAGCGCAUUUAUCUCUACGACCAACACCAUCUGGAUACCACCUACAAAACCGAUCACUCUGACAGCAUAGCAGAAAAGGGCGAGCGAUGGUGGGACAAUCCCAAGAACUACCUUCAAUUCAUCUGCAGGGCAAUUGAACCCCCGCCCCAGUUCGAGAUCGUGUCUAUCCCAGGAUUGCCCAUGAACUGGGUCAGAAUGGAGUUUAAAGUCCAGACUCCUGAUCCCGAUCUAAUCAUUAUCGGCUGCGGCGAUGGCAAGAACAAAAAGGAAGCUGAAAAAAUCUGCGCGCUCGAUCUCUGCUACCAACUCGAAAAGCACUCGUUGAUUGAGUACUAUCGCCACUACGGGCGCGGCAAAAAGAACAUUGCAAAGUCGCCAAAGGAUUGGGCAGUCAAUUUUUUCACCAACAAGAAGCUCGGCUUGCCAAAAUACGACAACAAGGUCGAUCCCAAUACCAAGACGGUUACCUCGAUCCUCAAGUACGACGGCCUUGUGGGUGUGGGUAAGGGACAAAGCAUCGAGGAAGCCGAGUUGGGAGCGGCUGCACAAUUCCAACAGACCGCAAUUGCUCGAGGAGCAGACGCCAUUUUGCCGCAGGCAGGAUCGAUCGAAGAGUCGGGAUUUACCAUCGAGACUGCGAAAAAGUUUGUCGAUUACUACAUCCGCACCUUUUCUCUGGGACCGCCCUACAUCGACUAUCACAGCUCAGGAAAGACUCAUCAGGCACUGUGGCAAGCAGAAUUGUUUGUCCAGGAUCGGGUUAUGGGUAUCGGUAAGAAGCGAAGCAAGAAGGAGGCGGAGCACCAUGCCUAUGUCGACGCCGCCAUUAACAUGAAGAAAGAGUCGCAGGCAAUUUGGCAGCAAUUCGACUCUACAAAGGACAGCAAAGGCAAGCAUGCAGAUGUGGUCAGAGCCGCACCAAACAUCCAUGUCGGAAUGGACGAGAACAUGCGGCAGGAUAUCGAAUACAUGUUGAGCAACCUCAGUCGUCAGCCCUUCUUCACCGUUCGGCGUCCACAGCUGGAUAUCAAGGUCUCGACAGACUUGGCUAGCGAGAAAAAUAAGCUUCACUCGCAGCAUUCGCCACAGCAACAGCAACAAGGGCAACAGCGAUUUCAAAUCAACAACGGUAGAAGACACAAUCGUCAUUUGGUCGGCAAACUGGAUACGGAUCAAGUGGCAGGAAAAUCUGCGCGCCUCUACGAUCAGUAUCUUGCGUACCAGAAAAAUCCUUCGUUGGCCAAACUUCGCGAGAGCAGAGCAGCCCUACCAAUCGCACAGUACGCAGAGGAGAUCACCAGCAAAAUCCGGGAGAACGAUGUCAUUGUACUAGUAGGUCAGACUGGAUGCGGAAAAACGACCCAGCUGCCGCAGAUCGUUCUGGAGGACUAUAUUAAGAACCGUCAAGGUGGAGUCUGCAACAUCAUCUGCACCCAACCUCGCAGGAUCGCUGCCAUCUCUGUUGCACAGCGUGUUGCAGUUGAGCGAGGAGAGCGAGUCGGUCAAUCAGUUGGCUACCAGGUUCGGUUCGACAGUCAGCCCCCAACAUCUGGUGGUUCGAUUUUAUACUGCACCACCGGUAUUUUUUUGAGAAUGAUGCAUAACGAAGGCGGCGCUGGCGUAUCUGUAACGGCAGGAUCUGACGGCUCUGGAGCCGCACCUCACGAUCCCUUCAGAGGUGUGAGCCACAUUGUAGUCGACGAGGUUCACGAGCGUGACAUUGACACGGACUUCCUGCUGGUUUUAUUGCGACAGAUGCAGCGCGAGCGUCGAGCCAGGGGACUUCCUGCUAUCAAACUCAUCCUCAUGAGUGCGACCAUCGAUACUGGCUUAUUUGCAUCGUAUUUCGGGGAAGGCUUCAGGGAUGGGCAGUGCCCGUCCAUUUCUGUCCCGGGUCGAACCUUCCCCGUCCAGCAACACUUUCUGAACGAUCUUCUGGAUGCCAUGUAUCGGCAGCAUCCUCCCUCGGCCAUGGCCCAGUUUUCAAGGCACGAGCAGACAAACAAGUACAUUCAACGGGAGAUGAACAUCCAGCCCGUGGGUCCUCUUCAGCCCCACCAUGCGACCAACGCCGACAGGCCAGUUAAGCAUUAUGACAGCGACGACGAAGAGGAUGAUGUUGAUGACAGUGAGUUGGACUAUGCCGAGAGCAUUCUGAAUCAGGCCAGGCGUGUUUCCAGGAUGCCACGCGACGAAAUCCUGGAUGCUGAGGUCCCUGCAUACUUGAUUGCCAUGGCGAUCUCUCAUAUUGUCAAGACAAGUCCGCCCACAGGGGCGAUUCUCUGUUUCCUCCCAGGCUGGGAGGAGAUGCAGGAAGUGCAACGCCAGCUCUUGAAUAUGUCUCCUCUCGGAAUUGACUAUAACGACGCCAACAAAUACAAGAUUCACAUGCUUCACUCGACCUUGCCAUCGAUAUCGCAGCAAGAGGUUUUCGAGCCGCUCCCAGAUCCGCACAUGCGAAAAAUCAUUCUCGCCACCAACAUUGCCGAGACCAGCAUUACAAUUCAGGAUGUGGUUCACGUUGUCGACAGCGCCAAGGUCAAGGAAACCAACUACGAUGCAACCAAGAGGAUGACGACGCUCUUGUCAACCUGGAUCAGCGCCUCAAGCUUGAAGCAGAGGGCUGGACGCGCUGGCCGCGUUCAGGAAGGACAGUAUUACUGCAUGAUGUCUUUGCAGCGGCGCGAACUCUUGGAUGCCUUUUCGAUCCCGGAGAUGCUGCGGUCCGACCUUCAAGAGAUUUGUCUGCACAUCAAAUCUGUCGAUAGCUCGACUAAAAUCGCUAAUGUGUUGGCUGAGGCCAUCCAGCCUCCAGAUCAGCUCAGUGUCUCCGACGCAUUACUGCAGUUGACGUCCCUCGGUGCCUUGGACCGAAACGAGAAUCUCACGCCACUAGGAAGAGUUCUUGCGACGCUUCCGGUAGAGCCCAGUUUUGGGCGCUGUCUAAUUUUGAGCUGUGUCUUUCGCUGUUUGGAUCCUGUGCUGACACUGUGUGCUUCCUUGGGCACGAAGGAUGUCUUUGUGUCGCCUCUCAUGAAGAAAGAGCAGGCGGAUCGCGCCAAGAUGAAGUGGGCAAAGGACUUGAACAGCGACCAUUUGGCCAUGAUGAACGCCUACAACGCUUGGAAUGACGUGCUGACUCAAGCGGCAACACAGAUGGAGCGGACGGGUGAGCGUGGCGACCCAACCAGGGCAUCGUUUAACUUUACGGACCAGAACUUCUUGAGUCGACAGGCUCUUGAAAAUGUUAAGCGUGCGAAAGCUCAACUGCUGGGAUUACUUGAGAAGUCAGGCGUUGUAGCUAGUCUACCAUACCAAGCACGUCUUCAACAGGGCAACUCGUUCGAAAUGGGACCGGCCGAAUACAACAAAAACUCCAACUGCAUUCCCCUUCUUCGUGCCAUGAUCUGCGCAGGCGUGUUUCCAAAUAUCUCGUACAAGACCAGCAAGAAGAUCCAUCGCACUCGUCAUGAUAACACGUGCAUCGUACAUCCUGGAUCGGUGAACUCGAUGAGAGGCGAGAAGAUGCUAUACGCCGACCAGGUGCCCGAGCCAGGAUCGCUCUAUGCAUUCUCAACCAAGGUCAGGACUGGAGAGACUCAAAUCUUUUUGAGAAACACCACCCGAUUGGAUCCUAUCUCGAUCCUACUCUUUGCUGGCGAGAACGAUGUCGAGGCCGUGGGUUACAACCAGUUAGUGGUCGAUGACUGGUGGAAGUUUAAUGGAUCAGAGAGGACGAUUCGGACACUGAGAUCGUUACGGGAGCUUAUGGCCGAUGGGUUUGAAAAGAUGUUCUUGAUUUUAGACCACAAGAGCCGUAACAGUCAUCUACAGCAGGGACGCAAUCAAUACCAACAGCAACAGCAGCAGGCCAAGAACGGGAAAGGAUACACCAGCCACAAUGACAGCCACCGAUCGACGCCGUCACCGCAGCUGGGAUACUAUGGAGUCGGGCUAGAUCUAGGCCCUGGCUCGGCUAUGAACGAUGGCAUGGACAUGGAGGGGCUAUUGAGCCAUGCAAUCGAGUCGGGAAAGGAUUGGCUAGACCAGCCUGCGAUGGUCCAGCUAGUCGAGGGUGUCGUUGAACUCCUGCAGAACUCUGACGAGGAAAUGAUGGUUGGCAACAAUCAUCACAACUACGGCCAUCUGCCAUAUUCGUCCUCGCAUCACUCACCUUCAUAUUACAAUGGUGGAGGGAGCGGCUACAACAGCGGCUACGGAAGCGGCAGCAACAGCGGUCGGAGUUCGGCCAUGGAUCAUCACGCAGGUCACCCGUCGCAGCAUCUGCCCUUCCCAACGAACUCGAGGGCUUAUGGAGGCGGAGGUUCGUACUAUGGUCACGGAACUCACAGCAACAAUAAUAGUCGACCGGGUAGCCGUGCGGGAUACUCUUCCUCCUCAUAUAACUACAAUAACAACCAUCCUGGCCACCACCCUCACCCUCAUCCAUCACAUCUGGCCCAUCCACCACCGUUUAUACAACAAAGCCAGGAUCCACGAGAGAUGUGGACCACGAAUGCUGGUCAGGGCACAGGAGGCAGUCAGCAAACCUGGUUUUAAACACCACCAGCAUCGCUGCAAUAUCUUUUGCUUCAUACUUCAGAUCCCAAUCGUUUUCCUUGUUUUCAAAUAGAGUUGGUGGCAACAAAACGUUGCCACCAAAAAUGGGCGCUGCCUUUUUUGAUAUAAUAAAAACAGUCCUGCUGACGUCGCAUUGUU